AUGUAUCACUUCCACGCCAAUGUUCUAAAAUGGACAGAAACUGGAAAAGACAACACAAAAACAAAAAUUGAAAAAGCACGUGAGGACAUUCUUCGGCGACUAGAAGAAAAAACCGGCCUUCGACUAGAUCAAACUAAUAGUCCUGGCUCAAAACAAGGCACUUCAAGUACCGGCGAACAAGGAAGACAAUUUUUUUCCGAAAAAAAUCGAUUGUCUGUUGUUGAAUGUGCACCAAAACAAUAUCGAGCUGUUUUAAAGAAACUUCUUCAUCAAUUAUCCAUCAUUUUACGUGUCGUGUCGUCAACAUCUACUAUUAACACAGAAAAAUUCCGACAAAAAUGUGUUGAUUUUGCAAAACUAAUUGCAAUUGAACUGCCAUGGGUCGAGCACAAUCUAACUUCUCACAGUCUCAUUUUCCAUUCAACAGAACUCAUCGUUAGAAAUGAUGGUAUUAGUAUUGGACAGCUUUCGGAAGAAGCGCUGGAAUCCUGCAACAAAGACGUGAGAUAUUACAGAGAGUUUUUAAGUCGAAAAUGUGGACAUGUUGUAAAUUCGACGGAUACAUUCAAUCGAUUAUUUGAACGAUCUGAUCCGAUGGUUGACGAAAUUGUACGGCGAAGCUUAGCCGACAAAUAA